AUGAGGGGAACAGACGCCUCAGUGCUGGUCCUCACGGGCCUGGCCGCCCUGGCCGGGGCGAAGGAGCUCCAGAUCGAUGACGUGCCGGUGGAAUGCGCGACGAUAUGCGGGCCCAUCGUCGAGCUGACCUUCAAGUGCGACGUCGACAACUCCUUCGACGAGCUGCGGCGGCUGAAGCGGCGAAAGGUCGACGGCCCCGAGGCGCAGAGGAUACCGCCGCACGCGAAAGGGGGCGUGGCACGACGACACCACCACCGCAACAGGCCGCCCGCCCAGAACGAGGCCGAUGUCGCGGUGGCCACGCCGACGCAGCCGCAGGACGCGGUUCCGUCGGUUGGUGAUGCGCAGGGCGUGCAGCAGCCGGCGCAAGACGCCCAGCCGCCUGCGCAGGAGGCGUCGCCGGUGUUUAUCGCGACGCUGCCGUUUGCUGCGCCCGCGCCGGAUCCGCAGCUUUCGACGCCUAAUCCGCCACCGGAGGCCGCGCAGACGACGCCGUCGGUGGAGGCUACGCCGCAAGUGACGCCUACGCCGUCUUCAGAUCCGCCGCAGGCCUCGUCGACGUCUUCGUCAACACCAGCGGCGCCUCCGCCUCCUCCUCCUCCGCCGCCGGUGAUACCUCCCCCGGCACCAGCUCCGCCGCCGCCUCCUCCGAAAGUGACGCAGCCGUUGAUCGUGCCCGUCUUCGUACAGCCGACAUCGACUGUCUUCCUGACGGUACCGGCUCCGUCACUACCCCCUAUCCCACAAGUGACCAUCCCGGCACCCCUCCUCCCCUCGAUACCCCCGAUAUCCAUCCCACCUCUCGUGGUAGCUCCUCCUCCCCAGCAACCACGGCCACAGCAACCUCCUCCAGCGCAGCAUCCGCCUCCAGCCCAGGCACCGCAGGUCCCGGCGCCGCAGCAGUCGACACCCUCGGCGUCGAUGAGCAUGCCGUCCGCGAUGCCAGUCGCUGGCGAGCCGGGCAAGAAGGAGCCCCAGCCGAACCCGGAGACGGACAAGGACACGGCCGAGAAGAACUGCAUCUGCGGGAACAAGAGCUUCGACGUGAACCUGUUGGCGGGGAUGUGCCAGAGCUGCAUAAAGCGGUCGGGGAACCGGGCGAAUGAUAUGGACUUCAUCAUGAACCAGUGCAACUUCACCCAGGCGACGUACACACCCGACAAGGACAACCUGGCGUACAACAUCCGUGUUGUCGCGCAAAAGCCGUUGCUCUCGCAUAGUGCCAACGCCAUGGGCGACGCGCCCAGAAUCGGAGCUGCCUCCGCGUUGGCGGCGAUCGGCGUUAGUUUUGUAGCAGGGAUGGCGCUGUUGCUGUAA